AUGGUGAAGGCUGAGUCGCUGGGAACAGGCGCAGCUUUGCACUCUCAAGCAUUCAAGAGUGGCUACGACACGGACGUCAGUGUGGCGAACGCAUUGGUGGACAUGUACGUCAAGUGUGGGAGUUUGGCCGAAGCUCGGAAAGUUUUUGAUGGGAUGACGCCUCAGGAUCCCGUCUCUUGGAACGCUUUGAUCCUGGGAUAUGGAAGACAGAUGGGGGAUGGAAGGCUCGUGAAAGUAGAGGAGGCACUCGAGAAAGCCGUGGGGAUUCACGCUCGGGCGGCCAGCUUUGAUCUCGACUCGGACACUUUUCUAGCCAGCGCGCUCGUCAGCUUCUACGCCAAGUGUGGAAGCAUCCGGGACGCCUGGAAAGUGUUCCAAAGAUAUCUCCAGGUGUGGACUCAGGACGAUCCCGUUGUAGCGAACGGCGUCGUCGAUGGCUAUGGCAAAGCCGGGGACGCAGCGAAGGCACAGCAGGUCUUCGAGUCCCUGGAGAAACCAGACGCGGUUGCCUGGACGUCCGUGAUAGCAGCACACAGCCGCGACGGGGACACGCGAAUGGUUUUCAAGCUCUUCGACGAGAUGCAAGACGAAGGCUUCCAACCAGAUGGGAUCGCACUUCUUUGCGUCCUCACGGCGUGCAGCCAUGGCGGGCUUGUCCGCCAAGCGAAGUGCUACUUCAAGGAGAUGGAGGCGAAGUAUGGAGUUUGUCCCGGGGCCGAGCACUACCAGUGCAUGGUGGACGCUCUCGGCCGCGCAAACGAGCUGGAGGAAGCGGUGGAGAUGGUGAAAGCCAUGCCUUGCGAGGCGAGUGGUGUUGCUUGGAGAACGGUGCUGGGCGCUUGCAAGCAGUGGAAGAAUGCGGCGGUCGGAAAGCUUGCUUUCUAUCGGCUGGUUGAAGUGGAGGCGAGGCACGAGGCGGGGUUUAAGCUCGUAGAGGGAAGAAGAGCCCCUUGCUUGCUAGGUUAUCGCAUUCUCUGUAAGCGCUCUUCGCCUCCGACAGCUAGGCCGUCGAAAUCCAUCGCCUUUGUGAGCGCCCGGGCCAAUCCGGCUUCCGGCCGCCAGCAGCACUGUAGUGGAUCUGUUCCACAGAACGAUGAGCCUCGACUACCCGCGCAACCUCUAGACGAGUUUCCGGCCCCGCGAGCUCACGACAAAUUGGUACAAGCGUUGUUCUUGCAAAAAAAUGAGUCCGAGCGAUAUGUGUUUUGUAGCAAGGAUUGGCGAGUCUAUGUUGCUGGGCGUUAUCAUCUCUGGUAA